AUGAUAUCGUCGUAUUCAUUCGUUGAGAGUCGGGAGGUAAAUUCUUUGAAUACCAAAUUUGCAGAUAAGGCCAGGACGAGCCGUUCGAUUAAAUCCUGCGGGGAAUGCAGGAGAAGGAAGCAAAAGUGCGACCAAGAGAAGCCGUGUAACAACUGCAGGCGAAGAUUCCCAGAGCCAAUAUGCGACUAUGGACCCCGCAGAUCAGCCGCCCCCGCGUUUGCCAUAACUCCGAAGGCUGAGGCUCUUUUCAUACCCAGUCCACCGUCGGGAAGUGUGGUUGCAUCGCGGAAGCAAGUACCCUGGGUACCGAUUAAUCGUUCCGGCAUCGUUUCCAAGGGCCUGGGCGACACGCACACCUUGACGUUGAACCUGUCAUCUCAAGGACACGCCAGGAGAUCAACCCAGUCACAGGACGACCAGGAUGCAUCGGCAUCAAACGAGGAUUUGGUCGGUCUGCAGCUUGACGGUGUCACGUACCAAUGCCACCUCACCGGGCCUGUUCAGAAUAUACUUCAUCUGCCUGUACCACCGACCAAGCAAAAUGCCAUGCUUAUUUGUAAAUUUUCCGAACUACUCGGCGCGUGCAAAGGUUCGUUGGCUGGAGGCUCGGAUCCGGAUAAUCCUUUCGUCGUUCACUACCUGCCUUGGUGUGUUCAAUCGCCACUACUGGCGCUGUUGUCGCUCCAUACCUCAGCCAGAGCCAUGGCCCGCGCUGGGUUACUGGACCAACGCUCGGCAAUGCUAGCCAAGGGUUCAGCAAUCUCCAAGCUGAAUGAGUAUCUUCGCUCCGAUAAUGACUGGGGAAGGGAAGAGGUUCUUGGUGCUGUUGUGCAAUUCCUAGCGGUGGAGUGGGUAUUUGGUGAAUUGGAGGUUGCAAAGGCUCACCUCAGAGGGUUCAAGGACAUUAUUCGACUUCGAGGAGGCUUUCCGUCUCAUGGCGUUGGUGCCCUAGUCAGCAAGUCUGCUUUGUUAACCGACUGCUCGAUUGCCCUAUGGUCAGAGGAGUCGCCGAUGAUGGAAAAGUCAUCCGAGUUCGAAUGCGUCUUUGACCCUCCAGGCGCAGGCCGCUUCAAAGUCAGGUAUAAUUCUCCUCUGGGAACCUCCUCAGUGACAUUCAGAUCCUGCGAGGGAGUCCUCGGGAUACAUCCAGCAACUGCGUCCAUACUGGACGAUAUUCGUUUCCUUAUCGACCUCGCUCUCGAUGCACCCUUGAAGCCGAGCCCAGCCCAGGCACGCAAGCUUGCAGCAACAGCCACGUGGAUUCUAGACCGCAUAAGAAAACUAGACCCAAAGUGCCCAGAAGGACCAGCCAGACCUACUGAAGGCAGUGAUGCCCAGGUUGGCUGUCAAUCGAUCGAAGACGACUCGACUGGGACUGAAGUGAAGCCGCACUCUCUUAUUAAUAAUUACCCGUCAUACAAUUCGAUGUCGCAUAUAGCAAAGCCAUCAGACUUUACGAAUGAUGAGGAAGACCUGUCAAGUUGGCCAUCAGAGGAUUGUUCACCUGCGGAAUCCAUAACCCUGGGUUUUCGCGACGGAACAGAAUCCGACGCUAAAGGGUCAUUACAGAAAGCAGAUGCUAUGUACAUUAGCGUACGUCUGGCAGCACUAACAUAUGCCAGGGCAAUUGCAACUAGGAAGCCCCUGAGCUCAGUAUGCUCGCCAUCGGAUGCGUUGGCGCUGCUUUCUACCACUUGGAAAAUUCCUCUUUCGCAGUGGCGCGGAUCUAUUGGCGUCUUUAUGUUUAUGUUAUUAUCCAUUUUCCCAACCUUGAGAUGGAUAGAUUCCCCCGGGGAGGACGGCAAGGAAAACGACCGGCGUUUUGGUAACAAAAUCAGGAGGAGUCAAAGCCGGUCAUCAAGUGCCGAGACGGAGGAAACAAAUGAGAGUGAGGACAAUGAAGAAGCUAGAAAGUUGGAACAGGAUGAUAAAGAAAGGGCCGCCGAGGAUUUAUUGAAGCCUCAUGGCAGCUUUGUGAAAUCCGCCGUCCAGGUUGGCUGGACACAGAUGGCGGUCGAGGAUUGGUCGCUAUGCGCCGAUACUAUGAGAAGGGUGUUGGCCUUGCAAAAGUGGCUUGGACGGCAGAAGACAUGA